AGGGUUUCUAACGCUCGGGCUUGAUGUUUCAGGUUGAGAAGAAAAUCAAGGAAAGGGCUCCCAGCAAAGUCGUCAAAACUGUCGGUGGAGACAAAAAUGGAGGCACCCGUGUGGUCAAACUGCGCAAGCUGCCCCGGUAUUACCCCACAGAGGACGUGUCCCGUAAGCUGCGGAGUCACGGCGUCAAGCCCUUCAGUCAGCACCGCAGGAAACUGCGCAAGUCCAUCAGCCCCGGGACGGUCCUGAUCCUGCUGACCGGACGCCACCGCGGGAAGCGCGUGGUCUUCCUCAAGCAGCUGGGCACCGGUCUUCUCCUCGUCACCGGUCCUCUGGCUCUGAACCGCGUGCCUCUGCGGAGAGCUCACCAGAAGUUCUGCAUCGCCACAUCCACCAAGGUGGACAUCUCUGGCAUGAAGGUCCCCAAAACACUGACCGACACCUACUUCAAGAAGAAGAAGCUGAGGAGACCCAAGCACCAGGAGGGAGAGAUCUUUGACACAGAGAAGGAGAAGUACCAGUUGACGGAGCAGCGUAAGGAGGACCAGAAAGCAGUGGAUUCUCAGUUGCUUCCUCUGAUCAAGAAGGUUCCUCUGCUCAAGGGAUACCUGCGCUCCACGUUCUGCUUGUCUAAUGGAGUCUAUCCACACAAACUGGUUUUCUAAAAUGCUAAUAAAACCUGUGGCAACCCAGA